AUGGCCUUUUACUCUAAUCCAAUAUUUGUGCCGCCAUUUCCGCGGGUCCUCGUGGACCACCCCCCCCCGUCUUUCACACAGAAUGGAGAAGACAACAAUGUGAAGCAUCUCAAGGCCACGUUGGGGUACGCAAAGAUAAAACCUCAGGUUCCCAGAGCUCACAAACAGUACCACGCCAUCUCUGUUUCCACCGACUUCAGCCUCGGAGCUCUGCCUCGCAGCAUGUCUGUCGCUUGUGUUUUCGUGAUGAUUCUUCUGGGAUCUUCUGUGGUGAUGGCCUUCGUCCUGCAGCCGUCACAGGGAGACGCAGACAGCGCCUCUGUCCCAGAGACUUCUCAUCAGAGUUGCCAGAGUGUCUCCUUAAAAACCAUCAAACAGGACCUACUAAAGUCCCUGAACCUUCAGGCUGAGCCCCAGGUGCCUCUGGGCCUUUUGGACAGUGUCCAGGAGCAGUGGAGACGGACCUUCAGCGCGCUGCCUGAUGUCGCUGAGGGAGCUGCAGCCGCCUCUGUUUCUGUUGAUGGAUGUUGCUCCAUGACGUCUGAGGUCUUCAUGACAGAUCUGGGCUGGAACAACUGGGUGAUCUACCCCCCCAGUCUCACCAUUACCACGUGUAAACAGUGCAGCCGAGAGGGCGACACGGUGGUGUGUGCGGCUCUGAGCUCACAGGCUUCCUGCUGCCGUCCCGCCUCCCAUAAGAAGGUGCCUAUUGUCUACAUGGAUAUCUUUGGCAGUGUUGUGAUUUCCACGGUGCCCCUGACCGAAAGCUGUGGCUGCGACUCAAUCCACAAGUAA